AAGUGAGAGCAGCUUUGCCCACUUGCCCUGGUUGACCAGAAGACCCACUGCAGUUGAGGGGGCUAACAAUCAAGAGCCACCCGUAAGAGACCCUUGCCCAGGGCUGUGGGAUGUGGAUGCCAGCUAGUCACGUUGAUGACCUCAGGAACCCAGUGUUCCCACCAGGAAAGGAGGUGAUUGGCUUGACUCCAGCUCUCAAGUAUCCAAGACACUGACCACUGAAAGAUUAGGCUGGACAAAGGCAGCCAGACAUUUUUAUGAUCUGGAACAACCAGCAGGACAGCUUUCCUUCAGAAUGGAGUCUUCUGCUCUUUUGAGCAUCUUGGUGCUAUCCCUCCUUCUAGUGAAUGUCCAGGGACCUGCUUUGACUGAUUGGUUCUUUCCCCAGAGAUGCCCCAGAAUCCAGGGUAAUUGUGAAUUCAAAGAAAGGGAUGAAUGUUCGAAGAACAGAAAGUGCCCGAAGCAUGAGAAGUGUUGCUUCUUCAGCUGCGGAAGAAAAUGCUUAAACCUCCAACAAGACAUAUGCAGUAUGCCCAAAGAAGCUGGCCCCUGCAUGGCUCUUUUCCAUCGUUGGUGGUAUGAUAAGACAAAUAAUACUUGCUCCAGCUUCAUCUAUGGUGGUUGUAGAGGAAACAAUAACAACUUCCAAUCCCAAGCCGUGUGCCAGAGUGCCUGCUCUGCAAAGGGCUCUAAUUCCUGAAUGUGAAAGGAUACACUGCAGCCGCCACCGGGAUUCAGUUUAUGACCAAGCGCUGUGCAUGUGGCUGCAGAUGAUCCAGGCUGGCUUCCACUGUUCUUCGUCCAGUGUUCCAAGGCCUUAGAGCUCCCCUAAACUGAAUCCUGGUGCCUCUCUCUCCUUUCUCCAUCUCAGCCUCUUUUUAGACAUAAUCUUUCUCUUUUGAUCCCAUCUCUAUGCUUCUUACCUUUAUGUACAACUUCUAGAACUGCUUGUUCAUAUCUGUGAAGCUCUCAUUUUCCCCAAUAAAGCACUUUAUUUAGUGUUGUG